AUGGACGCCCCCGCCCGGCCGUGGCCGCCGCCGCUGGGCUCCUACGCGGAGGAGCGGGAGUUGUUCCAGCUCCUGCAGAACAUGCUUGAAGAACUCUUAAUUCAUAAGCCAGCUGAUCCCAUUCAGUUUAUGAUAGACCAUUUAAAGCAGAACAAGGAUGAUGCUCCAAGGAUUUGUGUACUUGGUCCACCUGCUUCUGGGAAAACUACAGUUGCAAUGUGGCUUUGUAAACGCUUGGAUGCUGUACAUAUCUCUCAGGAGACUUUGUUAUUCAAGGAAAUAUUAGCAGUGACAAAAGAAGCAAAGGCAUAUAAGGAGAGAAAAGAGAAAAUUCCCACUGCUCUUUGGGCCAAUCUGAUCCAGGAACGUCUGUCAAAUGUGGACUGCAUCAAACAAGGAUGGAUCUUGGAAGGCUUUCCUGAAAAUCAGGAACAGGCAUGGAUGCUGCAGUCAUCUGGCAUCAUUCCUAGGCAUGUUGUUGUGCUUUAUGCUCCAGACACUGUGCUGAUUGAGAGGAACACCGGGAAAAGGAUUGAUCCUGUCACAGAAGAGGUGUACCACACAACCUUUGACUGGCCAAGUGAUCCGCUGGUGCAGCAACGUUUGGUGAAGCCAGAAGAUCUGUCUGAGCAGGAGGUGUCCAAGAAUCUGCUGGAAUAUCACAGAAAUUUCCCUGACAUUUUCCAGAUCUACCACAAAGUUCUGAAAUCCAUCAAUGCAGACCAGCCUUCUGUGGAUGUCCUCUCACAGGUCCUUACCUACGUCCAAACACGGCCCCGGUCAGCCGCCCCCUUUACACCACGGAUCCUCUUUUGUGGACCCCCAGGCAGUGGGAAGAGCCUGCAGGCAGCACUAAUAGCUCAGAAAUACGGAGUUGUCAACAUUUGCUGUGGGCAACUGCUAAAGGAAGCAAUUGCAGAGAAGACAAAACUUGGAGAACUCGUUAAGCCUUAUGUUGACAGUGGAUACCCAGUCCCAGACAAGCUCGUUAUGAAGAUGCUGGCACCACGCCUCCACUCCCUAGACUGCAUGACCAAUGGCUGGGUGCUCUCUGGCUUCCCAAGAGACAUAGAGCAGGGAGAAGAGCUGCAGAAAGCACACCUGAUUCCAAACAGGGUCUUUUUCUUUCACCUGCCCUAUGAAUCCAUCCUGGAGCGGCUGUCGCAGCGGAGGACUGAUCCUGUCACUGGGGAGAGGUACCACACCAUGUUCAGGCCAGCACCCACCCCAGAGAUCCAAGCCAGGCUCAGGCAGAACCCAAAGGACAAGGAAGAAAACAUUGAGAAGCGUGUGGAAGUCUACUACAGGAAUGUCAAACUGCUGGAGGACUUCUAUCAAGAUGCCUUUUAUGUCAAUGCUGACCAGGACCCUCGUGCUAUCUUUGAGUUCAUAGAGAGCUGUAUCAUUCACCCCUUGCCAUGCAAAAAAUCAACCCCUUUGAGCUAA